UUAUGUGCGCGCUUCACCCAGCUUGUCUGUGUGUGUGUUUUGUGAGUGUGAGGAGUUGAGCACACGCAACCGGGACCGUGGAAAUGUCUCGAGUUUACAUCGGCAGAUUGAGCUACCGCGCGAGGGAAAAAGAUGUCGAGAAGUUCUUUAAGGGUUACGGGAAGAUAUUGGAAGUCGACCUAAAAAACGGGUACGGGUUUGUUGAGUUCGAUGACCCUCGAGAUGCAGACGAUGCGGUUUAUGACCUGAACGGAAAAGACUUGUGUGGUGAGAGAGUCAUUGUGGAGCACACAAAAGGACCGCGCCGGGACGGGAGCUACGGUUCGGGAAGGAGCGGCGGGUUCGCGCGCGGCGGGAGGGACCGCUACGGGCCGCCGGUGCGCACCGAGUACCGGCUCAUUGUGGAGAACCUCUCCAGCCGCUGCAGCUGGCAGGACCUGAAGGACUACAUGCGCCAGGCGGGCGAGGUGACGUACGCCGACACCAACAAAGGGCGGAAGAACGAGGGGGUGAUCGAGUUCCGGCUGUACUCGGACAUGAAGAGGGCCCUGGAGAAGCUCAACGGCACCGAGGUCAACGGGCGCAAGAUCCGCCUCAUCGAGGACCGGCCCGGGUCCCGCCGCCGCCGGUCCUACUCCCGCAGCCGCAGCAGGUCCAGGUCCCGGUCCAGGAGCAGGCGCUCCAGGAAGAGCCGCAGCCGCAGUGAGAGCAGCAACAGCAGCCGCUCACGCUCCAGGAUGGCGUCUCGCUCCCGCAGCCGGAGCCGCGACCGCAAGAAGGCGCGCGGCCGGCGGGAGGGGGAGGACCGGAGCAACGGGGCGCGGCGCAGCCGGAGCAGGAGCCGGGGCGGCGGCGGCGGGCGGGCCGGGCGCAGCCGCAGCCGGAGCCGCAGCCGCAGCCCCAAGAGCAAGAGGAACAAGCGGGACCCCAAGAAGGGCCACAAGGACGAGUCCGGGUCCCGCUCCCGGUCCCGCUCCCGCUCCCGAUCCCGCUCGGACAACAAGGACCGCGGCAGGAAGUCCGGCUCCAAGACCCGCGAGGCCAAGAGCGACCGCGAGGAGGAGGAGGGCAGCGCCGGCGGGGCCGAGCGGGGCUCCCGCUCCCGGUCCCCGUCCCCGCCCAAGCCCCGGCUCAAGUCCAAGUCCAAAUCCAAGUCCAAGUCUAAAUCCAAAUCCAAGUCUAAAUCCAAGUCCCCCUCGCCCCCCAAAGCCAGGUCCCGCUCUCCCUCCGCCUCGCGGUCCGAGUCCCGCUCCAAGUCCCGGUCCCACUCGCGGUCUCGCUCCCGGUCCCGGUCCCGGUCCCAGUCCUGAGGUGGACCGUCACCCCCCCUCCGAAAAACCCCCCGCCCCCUCUCUCCGACCCCCCACCCCCACAUUUGUCCAGUUAUUUUUUUUGUUUCGUUUUUUUUUUUUCCUUUUUUGAUAAAUAGUUGUAGGAUGACUGGGCACUCCUGCUCGACGUGUCUAUCACAUUAUAUAUAUGCUUCCCUUUCUUUCAUUAUGACUAUUAUAAUACAUCCUUACACGAUAGUGCUGUCUCUUAUUGGAGGUGUUUGUAAAAUAUUAAGUAUGUGAGUUUAGUCUGAGAAAAGGGCAUUGCUCAGAUAGAUUUUUAUAAGUUUAAAAGUGUCUGAAUACCGUAAUAGGUGUCUUAACCUUUGUAUUGCAUACUUUGAAAAGCAUACCGUGUUGACAGAGCUGUGUGGGGUGGGAUUAAUGUGAUUUUAUUCUGUUGCAUCCUUCAACUUUGUGGGAAGUCCUUUUACCAGUUAAAAAAUAAAAAAAAACUUGCCUGA